AUGGGAAAUAAAUGUAGCUGCGCAGAAAUAAGUAAUGAUAAAUUAAAAAUAUUGAAUAGUGAAGAUGACAUAACACUAAAUGAUUUUGACUUAGAUUUAAAACAACUAGAAACUCAAUUAUAUGAAAAUGAUGAAGAAAAUUAUUUUUAUCGUUUUCAAAAUAAAAACAUUAUAAUGAACUUAGAUAUAAAAAAUGAAGAAGAAAAAAAAAGAAAUGGAAACAACGAAAGAAAAUGUACUAUAAAUGUUAAAAGAAUAUUAAUGUACAUAAAAGAACAUGAGAAAGAUUUUCUUACGUUUUUUAAGGAAAUAAAUGUAACAAGCUUAAUUUUUUUAAAAUAUUUAAUUAUGAAUUAUACAGCACAUAUAAUAUAUAUUGACACAGAUGUUAUAUAUAUAGGUGAAGUUAGUGAAAAAAAUGAGAAAAAUGGAUUGGGUAUAAUAAUAACACCAGACCAAUGUAUAUAUAUAGGAGAAUUUGAAAAAGAUAAAAUAACCGGUUUUGGAUUGUAUGUUCAUUUUUCAAGAAGUAAAUAUAUUGGAUACUGGAAAAAUGGAAAGGCAAAUAAUUACGGCGUAUUUAUACAUCCUGAUGGUACUUUUUAUAAGGGAUUUUGGUUAAAUGAUAAACAAAAUAAAAAAGGAAUUGAAUAUGUAAAUAACAAUUAUGUAUUUUUAGGAAAUUAUGCAGAAGGAGAAAAAAAUGGCUUUGGUGCUUUUAUAUGGAAUAAUGAAUCUAUGUACAUUGGUAAUAUAAAAAAUAAUUCUUUUUUUAAAAGAGGUAUUUACUUUUUUAAUAGAAGUAAAAUUUAUAUUGGAAAGUGGAGGUAUAAUUGCAUUCAAGGAGAAUGUGAAAUAUUUUGGUUAGAUAAUAGACAAUUUGUUGGUUUUCAUAAUAACAAUUUAAAGGAAGGAUUAGGAAUUUAUAAGUGGAAUGAUGGUAGAAUUUACUUUGGAAAUUGGUUAAAUAAUAAGCAACAUGGUCAUGGGAUAUUUAUUUUGAUUAAACAUUUAAAAGAUUAUGAGAAAUAUAUAAAUAAUUCAUUUCUGCUUUUUUUUAAAAACACACAAAAAAUUAAAAAAGAAUUUUUAUUAAAUCUUUCAAAAGAAUCUUUCUUUGACAAAGGAAAGGUCAAAGAUUUACUUGAAAGAAUUACGAAAAAGUGUAAUAACUAUGAUUUUUAUAAUUUCCUAAUUAUCCUACUAAAUAUCAAUUAUUAUAAGAUGUGCUCUAAAUAUUUUAACUUAUUGAAAAAAAAAAAAUUGAAUAACUUUAAAUUUAAUUAUAAAUUUUAUGAGAAAAUAAAGUUUUAUCUUUGUUCUACUACUAAUGAUUAUUUAAAUAAGCAAAAUCUUAAUGAAAGCAUAAAAUCAAUUAAAAAAUAUUCCUCUAACAAAAAAGAUUUAUCAUUACAUAGUGAUAAUGAGAAGAAAUUGUACAUAAAUAAUAACAAAAUUGAAGAUAUAAAUAAUAACAGCAAAAUUACAAACAAAAUAGAAAAAGAUGAAAAAAAAAAAAUAAAUAAAAUCGAUAAAGAGGAAAAUAAUAAAUAUAUUUCAUUAGAUAGUAAUAAUGAUCAUAUUAAAAAUAAAAACUAUAAAAAAUAUUCAGUAAAUAAUAAUGAUAUGAAUAAAUAUAAUUUUUCAUCUAGUGAUAAUAAUGAAGAGGUAAGCUUAGAAAAUAAUAAAGAAAAAUAUUUUGAAGAUAUUGAACUUUUGUUGACAUAUUUAAAUUCAAUUAAUUUAAAUGAUAUGAAUGAAAGUGAUAUAAAUUUAUUUAACCCUAUAUUUACAUAUGGUUCAAAUAAUAUUAUUCUUAAAUAUGGAAAGUGGAAAAAUGGAAAAUUAAAAAAAUGGAUAUAUUCCAGUGGAAAUUCUAAAUAUAGAACAAGAAGCAUAAGUAAUAAAACAAAUAACAAUCCUAAUUUGUCAAUAGAAAAAAAAAAUACAACUGAAUUAUUUUAUGACAAUAAUUAUAAUGUAAUUAAUAAAUUUUUAAAUAAUUUAUCAUCUUCUGCUAUUAGUGAUAUAUAUAAACAAAAAAAAAAAAAAAAAAAAAAACAUUAUUUGAUGAAAUCAAAUAGUAAAGAAGAAAAUUAUGACGCAGAUAUUGAGCAAGAUAAAAAAGAACAGAAAAAAAAGAAAAAAAGUAGCAACAAAGAAAAUGAAGAUGAUGAGAAAGAAAAGGACGAGGAUGAGGAAGUGGAAGAAGAGGAGGAAGAAGUUUAUAGUAAAGAAAAGCUUAAAAAAGAACAAAGUGAAGGUGAUAUGGAUGAUGAAGAAGAAAAAAUAAGUGAGGAAGAAUAUGAAAAAGAGUUGCAGAAAAAUCAUUCGUCUUAUAUUUCUACAGGAAAUAUAGACAAUAAAAUAUCACUUCACGAAAAGGCUUUAAUUCAGCACAAUAGGAAUACUUUGUCUGAUAAAAGCGAUUAUGAAAAAAAAAAUAAAAAAGCACUUAAAAAACUAAAUAACAGCAAUUCAAAUAAUACUAAUUCUACUAUUUCAACAAAAAAUAACUCAAGUUCUUUUUUAAGUAAGAACAUGAGUAGUAUUAAUUUAUCAUUUACAGAAAGUAAUAAAGAAAAAAUUAAUUAUAACGAAAAUAAAACACACUGUAAUACGAAAGGUGAAAAUAGCAAUAAUAAUCACGAUUUAUUUUACGAAAAUACUAUUACAAAAAAUAGUAAAAAUCUAGAUAGCAAAAAUUUUACAAGUGCACUUAGUAAUGAAAGUAAGAUUUGUAAUAAAGAAGAAAAAAAUUACAUUGUUAAAAGUAUCUAUAGCAUAAAAAAUAAAGUUACCAUUGAAAGUAAAAGCUUAGAAGAAGAAAAAGAGAAGGGAAAUAUCAUAGCAAAAGAAAGAAUUAAACUAUUGAAAGAAGAAGAAAUUAAUGAAAGUAGUUCAUAUGAAGAUGAUAAAAUAAUAAAUGAAAAAGAACCUAAAAAACAUAAAAAAAAAAGAGAAAAUAAAGUUGCCCCCAUUAAAUCAAAAAAUUAUGAUUUACCAAAAAAGGGUUUUUCAUUAAUAUGGAAUAUGAAAAAAUUAAAAAAUGCACCUUUUUCAACUAACGAAAAUAUUAUAUUUGAAUCAGAUAAGAAUCGUAAUGUUGAACAAAAUAACCCUUUAGUAAAAUCUCAACAAAAAAAAAAAUCAUUUUUCAGAAAAUUUCUCAAGGCCAAUAAGUACAAAAAAAAAAAUAAAGCAAUAGAGUAUUAA